CAUCUCCUCGCCGCCGCCGUAAUUGAUGUUAUGGAGAAGAAAGCGAGCGAGGGAUUCACAGUGUAGCCACUACAUCCUCCCCGCUAACAUCCUAAAGCUUAAAGGCAGAUCGGCACCCAAAAAGACUGAUUCAUCUGGUUGACAUAAAGAUUUUUUUUUUAAUUGUCCCGUGGGAGAAAAGAAACGCACGAACUUAACAUGAAGAGAAUAACAGAGACGAAAGAAGCCACUUUGAUAGAAAUGUCCAACACGCUGGAUUCUCAGACUGAAGAUGGCUGUGCCGUUCUGACGGGCUACCGGAGGACCUUUCAGGCAGGUAACAAUGGCAGCAUUAACUCCAUCUCCGACCGAGGGACACAGCUGCCUGGUCACAGAGAGAUAGACAAGCUUGGACAGAACAGGGACUCCGUGUACUUCAGGGAUGGUGUGCGACGCAUCGACUUUGUCCUGUCCUACGUUGACGACAAGGACGGAGACAAGAAAGCGGAGAGAAGAAGAGAGUUUGAAGCUAACCUGGAGAAUGCUGGUCUUGAGCUGGAGGCUGAAGAUAAAUCGGAAUCAGACGAUCGUAAGACGUAUUAUCUGAAGAUUCACGCUCCGUGGGAAGUAUUAGCCACCUAUGCUGAUGUGCUAAAGAUCAAAGUGCCCUUUAAAGCGAGUGAUAUUCCCAAAGCUCGAGAAGCUCCUCUGGAGUGGCUCAGUCACCCUUUCCGGCUUCCAGACAACAUCAUGAGGCCAGAGCCGGACUACUUCACCGCACCUUUUGACAAGAGCAAGGUUGACUUCUUCCUCAUUGAUGAUAAGGACACAUUUUUUCCUCCCUCCACUCGCAACAGGAUCGUGUACUACAUCCUGACCCGAUGCCCCUAUUACAAGGAAGACCGUAAAGAGAAAGAUAAGACGGGAAUUAAACGACUGCUGAAUAAUGGCACCUACACAUCAGCUUAUCCCCUUCAUGAUUGUAAGUACUGGAAGAAGGCCCAGGACAUGCAGUGUGAGAGCGAGAGGUAUCAUCUGUACAAAAACUGGGCUCGAUUCCUCUGCUUCUACAAAGAGCAACCGCUCAAUUUGAUCAAGAAGUACUAUGGUGAGAAGAUCGGUAUCUACUUUGCCUGGCUGGGCUUUUACACAGAAAUGCUGUUUUUUGCUGCAGUCAUGGGAGUGAUCUGUUUUGUUUAUGGUCUGCUUAGUUACGAAGACAACAUCACAAGUAAGGAGAUCUGUGACCCAGAAAUCGGUGGGAUGAUUGUCAUGUGUCCACUCUGUGAUAAAAAGUGCAGCUACUGGAAACUCAACUCAACGUGUCUGUCCUCCUGGCAAUCUCAUCUAUUUGAUAACGAGGGGACUGUGUUCUUUGCCAUGUUCAUGGGCAUUUGGGUGACCCUGUUCCUGGAGUUCUGGAAGCGACGGCAGGCCCGUCUGGAGUAUGAGUGGGACCUUGUGGACUUCGAGGAGGAACAGCAGCAGCUACAGAUCAGGCCAGAGUAUGAGUUGAAAUGCACAGGCCGCAGACUCAACCGCAUUACACAGGAAAUGGAGCCUUAUCUUUCUUUCCCCAGUAAGUGCGCCCGCUUCUGUCUGUCUGGAUCAACUGUUCUCUUUUGGACGUGUCUGAUAGUGGCCUGUAUAAUGGGAGUGAUCGCUUACAGAUUAGCGGUUUAUGCAGCGUUCGCCAGCAUCAUGAAGGACAGCCCCACCAGUAAGAUCCAGCUGGUGGGAUCUCUCAUCACCCCUCAGCUUGCCACCUCCGUCACCGCUUCCUGCAUCAACUUUGUCAUCAUCCUCAUCCUCAACUUCCUCUAUGAGCAAGUGGCCAUUUGGAUCACUGAUAUGGAGAUCCCCAAGACCCAUCUGGAGUAUGAGAACAAGCUGACCAUGAAGAUGUUUAUGUUCCAGUUUGUGAACUACUACUCUUCCUGUUUCUAUGUGGCCUUCUUUAAAGGGAAGUUUGUGGGUUAUCCGGGAAAUUACACUUAUAUGUUUGGGAAGUGGAGCAAGCUGAGAAAUGAAGAGUGUGCCCCUGGGGGCUGUCUGAUUGAGCUGACCACACAGCUGCUUAUCGUCAUGGCUGGAAAACAAAUGGUUGGGAACGUCCAAGAGGCCCUGCUGCCACUUCUCAGAAACUGGUGGGGAAGCAGGAAAGGGAGGAGUCAUCCAGAAAGUGCAUACAGUAGAUGGGAGCAGGACCACGAUCUGCAGAACUUCAGUCAGUUUGGACUCUUCUAUGAGUAUCUGGAGAUGGUGAUCCAGUUUGGCUUCAUAACUCUAUUCGUAGCCUCUUUUCCACUGGCCCCCCUUCUCGCCCUCUUCAACAACAUCCUGGAGGUGCGAGUCGAUGCUUGGAAGUUCACUACACAGUUCAGAAGGCCAGUGGCGGCGAAGGCACGCAACAUCGGAGCAUGGGAAGAGAUUCUUAAUGUGGUGGCCAUCUUGUCCGUGGUCACAAAUGCUUUCAUCAUGGCGUUCACCUCAGAUAUGAUUCCCCGCCUGGUCUAUCUGUACACGUAUCACCCAGGCAGCGAGGCCACUAUGAGAGGUUACAUCAGCAACAGCCUCUCCGUUUACAACAUCUCUCAGAUCCAUGAAUCCAACCUACCUGAACCUGGAGAAAACCCAUCGUGGUUUAACAGCUCUACCAUCACAACAUGCAGUUAUCGGGACUACAGAUAUCCACCGGGGCAUGAGAAGCAGUACACACACACAAUGCAGUUCUGGCACAUCUUGGCCGCUAAACUAGCCUUCAUCAUCAUUAUGGAACACGUUGUAUUUGUGGUGAAAUUCUUCGUGGCGUGGCUAAUCCCAGAUGUGCCGGCCGACGUAAAAGCCCGUAUAAAGCGCGAACGCUUCCUGGUUCAGGAAUACCUGCACAACUACGAAGUGGAGAAACUCAAGAUGCAGCUGAGCCAGAGUUUCUGCCUGUCCACAGAAACGGCCUCACUGCUGCCCUCUAGUCCAAGCAAACACCAGGCCAUGUCUGAAUGUAUUUGAUUGAACCCUCAGGACCACUCAAACGUUCUACACGCUGCAAAGCACGGAGGGAUCGAAUCUUCAGGAAACCUUCAUACAUUCACUGCAAAGGACCGCCUGCCCGCAUCCAAACAACUGCCAGAACUUUUAUAUAAAAAAACAAACAAACUACGGUCUCUUUUCUGCUUGAGGUUUGUGAGAAAACAUUACCACUUUCUUCUGUGCUUCUCUCAAAUGUCUGGGGGUGCACUUGCAUAACUGCACUUUUACAAAGGAGAAAGGCUUGGAGACAGAUCACAGAGAUUUCAGCAUCAAACCCUCUGGAAUGCGGCCUGCUGUUUCUCAGGUUGCCUUCGAAGCAAGCUGCUGUCAUUUCAACUCAUGAAUAAUCAUAUAUGACCAUUAAUAGACUGAAGAGGCAAUAGAAGGCAAUAAGCAUUUAUGUCUGUCCAUCUUGUUGCCGUUAUAUUUUUUUGAAGACGUAAUCCGCAUGUCUUGCCCUAUAUGUCUGACUAUGAAAGAGGUACAUGUAGAUAGUGUAGUGUCUCUUUUCUCCUUAUUCUUUUAGAUUUUUUGUAGGCGUGUGAGGUUCAACAGUUAAUAUAUGUUGUUGUCCACUGUGGAUAUUUUCUUUUAUGAAACACACUUCGCUUGCAUUAUCACGUUUCACAUUAUAUUUUAUUAUUUUUAAUCAGUGCUGUACAUUGCCACCCACGCAUUUUGCUCUGUGAUGUUAAAUUAAGGUUUUCUUUUUGUUUUUUUUUAAUUGUUACUACUGUUUCUUCCAGGAUGUAUUUAUUGCUAUCACAUUACCGAUUUACUAUCUGGCUGGAAGGAUUGAUUUUUACCAGAAUAAGCUCUAUAAUGGCUUGCCAUGUUUUCUGAAUCUGCAAAAAUCUGAAAAUCAAGCCAUCAUUCAUCAGUACGUUAAGGUGUGCACGUACCACAUAUCCGAGGCUAAAUGAUCAUUAGCACACAUCUGUAAUCAUGAUUAAGAGAACACUAGUCUUUUUCAUCAUGCUUUUUCUCUGUAACUAAUUUCAGAACAAAUGCACUAAACUGGAUUAGUUUGGAUUUUUGUGAUCAGUCCCCCUUUAGGAGGAGACUUUGAUGUUCGCCCUGAUAACUUUGAUAUUCAAUUACUGCUGAGAGAGAAUGAUUCGGUGAAACAGACUUUCAGAGAUUCCCUUGCUGGUCAAGACCAAGAUAUUGCCUCUCAUAGUGUAUGCAUGCACGGUUUUUAAAAUAAGUGAAUGGAAGGAAUCAAGUGUCCUCUGCUGUAUUACUAAUCUGGUUCAAAGAGGCAUUUUGAGCUGCCCUGUCCACAUUUCAGAUGUUUGGUUAAUACGUUCUGUAGCACUGUUGAUGAACACUGAACUCGGCGCCAGUCCUCCUCUAUAGGGACUCGCAUAUUUGAAAACAAGCAAGCGUGAAAUGAUGUCCCAAGAGUCUGUUUUUAAAGUGUCUUAUCAAUUUAUCUACACUUUCUGUGAGCCAUAUCUGUUCAUUUCAUUUCACGAAUGUUAUAAAAUCUCUACGUAUGUGUUUUUAGCCUGUCAAGUGGUUUUUGUUAUGAUUCAUCAAGCUUUUAUGGAGAAUACAAAACUGUUUACAGACAUUUUCUGAAUAUUGUGUUGCUAUACUUGUAUAGACUUAUCCAAAAUAGAUUAAACGCAUUAUGCGAUCUAUUUUGGAUAAAACUAAGCUUUAUGUGACAGACAAUUCAUGAUUAAAUAUUCUAAAAAGUUAUUCGAUUAGUUUAGGAUAGCUUUGUGUUCGGAUGAGACAUGCAUUUGCCUUAAUUGCUGUCAUGAUCUGUGUGUACUGUAUGCUGUUUUUUUGGUCGUCUUAUUUAGUCUACAGAUUGUUUACAGAAUGAGUCGCAUGAAACCGUGUGAAAAAAAAAAAGAAAGGUUAUGGAUAAUCAUGAAUCUUAUAAAAGAGAACGUGCCAAAAUAAAGUGAUUUAAGUACA